AUGUCAUCAUGCAUUUUCUUACGUACAAUGCGUGCCUUCUUCAGAAAAUCUUGCAACCUCGAACAUCAAGGAUCAUACAUCGCAUCCUUGAACAUUGUUUCAAACACAUUACACAUUGGGCCAGCAAUACAAAUAAUGACAAAACCAAAGGAACAGCAAGUGAUAAUUAUUGGUGCAGGUAUAGCUGGGUUGAAAGCCGCUUCAACAUUAUAUGCAAAUGGAAUUAAAAACUGUCUGGUAAUUGAAGCAAGGGAUAGAAUCGGGGGAAGAUUGCUCACAGUUAAGGGUUAUAAAGGUGAUAAGUACGACUUGGGUGCAGGAUGGCACCAUGACACUUUGAUGAAUCCGUUAUUUUUAGAAGAAGCUGAAGCAAUGAAAAAGGAUUCCAAGAAAAGAUUUGUAUUUGAAGAUAGUCAAUUCAUUUAUAUUGAUGACCAAAGAGGAAGAAUUGACCACGAUCCUGAUAUGAGUUUGGAAUUUGUUGAUGCUGAAAUUGAUAAAUUUACAGGAUUAGAAUUUUAUCAAAGUUUAGAUGUCAAAGAUUGUUCCUUCUAUCAUAUUAUCUUGAAGUAUUUGUUACAAAGAAGAGAUUUUCUCACUGAUGAUCAAAUAAAAUUUUCUGCACAAAUUGCAAGAUAUUUGGAAUUGUGGCAUGGUGCAAGUUGGGACAAAUUAAGUGCAAAGGAUACAUACUUUGAUCAUCAGGGAAGAAAUGCCUUAGUUACUAAUUUUGAUUCCGUGGUGAAUAGAAUUGGAGACACUUUCCCCAAGGAUUGGAUUAGAUUAAACACUGAAGUUAAGGCAAUUGAGAGAGAUGGCAAAAAUGUCCUUAUCAAGUUGAGUUCCGGAGAGGAAUAUAUUUGUCAGUAUACGAUUGUUACUAUUCCUCAAAGUGUUUUACAACUAUCCUUACAACUACCAGAUGAAUCAAAUACUAAAGGUAGAAUUGAUUUCAAACCACCUUUGAAUCCACAAAUUCAGGAAGCUUUCAAGAAAAUACAUUUUGGUGGAUUGGGUAAAGUUGUUUUUGAAUUUGACAAAUGUACUUGGUCCAAUGAAAGUUCUCGAAUAUUUACAUUAGCACACUCCCAAGAAAAUUUUGUUGAAGAUGUUCGUAAAGCUGAAACUUGGGAGGGAUUAAUUGAUAAUUUAAAGACCCCUUCAAGUCAAUUAUUUGAAAAUUGUUGGGAUUUUCCAUUACUUUUCAUCAACUUAGCUAAAUCUAUUGGAAGACCCACACUGAUCAUGCUAAUGCAAAGCCCAUUAUCCAACUAUAUAGAAUCCAUUGGAAACGAUAAGCAAAAAGUUUAUGAAUUUUUCCAACCAGUAUUAGACAAAGUUAUGACAACUCUGCAAUCAAACAAAGUGAUAAAUGGUCUGUCAGCUAACCCAACUGAGGCAGAAACAAAUUCUCCAAUUCUAAAGAACCUAUUAGUUACCAACUGGAAUAAUGACCCGUAUUCUAGGGGUGCAUAUUCUGCUUGUUUUGCCGGCGAUGAUGCGUUGGAAAUGAUAAUUGCCAUGUCGAACGGUCAGGACUCUCGCAUUAGAUUUGCAGGAGAACAUACUAUUAUGGAUGGUGCAGGCGCAGUUCAUGGAAGUUGGGAAAGUGGUAGACGUGAAGGUGAGUACAUAUUGGAACACUUGAAGGAUCAUUGA